GUUACUGAAACGUGAAGUUCCGUGAAAGCUGCCUGGUCAACUCCUAAUUCAAAACUUUACCCAGACUUAUUUAACUGCAUUUUUUACACCGUAAACUUACAGCCUUAUCUUAAAUUCCUUUCGGACACUCUACGCCACAUCCAGACAACUGAAGAACCUUAGGAAAAGCUCCACAUGGCGUUAUUUUGGGCGAGAAAGCAGUGAUUAUUGAAGCCCUGUUGAUCAGAUCAGGCAGAUAUCGCAGAAGUGCAGUGUAAGCGGUGCUCUCUCUCUCUCAGGGCUACAAGAUGACCGAGUAUAAAUUAGUUGUUGUGGGAGCAGGAGGUGUAGGAAAAAGUGCUUUAACCAUCCAGCUCAUUCAGAAUCACUUUGUGGAUGAAUACGACCCCACUAUUGAGGACUCUUACAGGAAGCAGGUUGUGAUUGAUGGUGAGACGUGCUUGCUGGACAUCCUGGACACUGCAGGUCAAGAGGAAUACAGCGCUAUGAGAGAUCAGUACAUGAGGACGGGAGAGGGCUUCCUUUGUGUCUUUGCCAUAAAUAACAGCAAAUCCUUCGCUGAUGUGAAUUUGUACAGAGAGCAGAUCAAGCGAGUGAAGGAUUCUGAUGACGUCCCCAUGGUCCUGGUCGGGAACAAGUGUGAUUUGGUCAGAUCGGUCGACACCAAACAGGCUCAGGAGCUCGCUAGAAGUUACGGCAUAGAGUUUGUAGAAACUUCAGCCAAGACCAGACAGGGGGUCGAAGAUGCUUUUUACACCCUUGUUCGUGAAAUCCGGCAUUAUCGCAUGAAAAAGCUGAACAGCAGAGAGGACAGGAAGCAGGGCUGUCUGGGCGUGUCCUGUGAAGUCAUGUGACUCUGAUGUCCCGCCUCUUUAUGUUUGUCUGCAUUUUGUUAACUGGUCAGCUGGAAGCUGUAUAACCACUGAAGGAUGGAUGAUUUCGUGUGGUCUUUACUGUAAACCUUCAUCAUAUCGCUCUCUGUAAUGAGGGUUUGCGCCUCCUGCUGGCUGAAAGGGAUAAAUGCACAACUGCUCAUCAGAUGCUGUCAUCUGUUUACCUUUGGUUACCUGUGAUGAUAAAGCAAGGCAUUUAAGAGACUUUUGAGGCUUUGUGUUUUCACAUCAUGUAAUACUUUGGUUUUCCUUUGAUAAAUGUCGGGCAUCGAACAUUGAACUUCUUCUGAGCCCUAAUGAAGACAACAGUGCAAAUGUGAUCUUUUAGUUUGCAUUAAUAUCUUAUAAUCUCAUGGUAACUCGUUUAGGUAACAUUUCACCCUAAAAUUAACAAAAAUAUACCAUUAUGCCAAAAUGAAUGCCUUUUUAAAUGGUUGCAUUAUGACAUUAGUUAUUAUUUUUUGCAUUACAGUAGUAAAACAAAAUUUUAUUUAUUGGAUGUGGUUCUAAAAAUGUAUUUUGAACUAUCUUUUGGUGUGAAAUGCAUUGAAACAUGUUUUUGAUAGUUUUAUUUCCAUUUUAGAUGCUUUUAUCCUUUAAGUAUGGUUUGAUGUAACGCUAUCAUCAUCAUCAUCAUAUAUAUCAACGUGGAAGCUGUUAUGUAGUUUUAAAGGUGUAAAAAUCACUGGUCUGAUCUUGUAAAGGGCUCAGAUAAAAAGAAACGCCUUUUAAUCUGCAGGUAUAAUGCUCAGGAAUACUGUGAACACAGAUGAAUUUCAGAAAUGUGUCUUCUCUUUUGUUUGUAUCCAAAGAGUUUAUAUAGCAUUUUGCUUACCUUUCAAAUUCCCUUUCAUGUUUUCCAGAUGAGUUUCAGCUUGGUUUUUUUGGCAUGCUUUGACACGCGUACGUAACGUAAUAAAACCGAUGUAGUUAAGAGACAGAAAAGCCGAUGGAGUGAUAAACGUGUCUGAUGGAUUUUACUUACUGGCCUUUUAAAUGGGUGUACAGCAUGGCAUCUUUAAUCUUUAAAUACUGUCUUAAAUCUUUAAAUGAACUCUGUAAUAUUGUUGAGAUCAUGUGGUUGCUCUGGCUGUAGAUAAAUAAUUUUAAGCAAAGCUGAAAUGAUUAUUCAUGUUUUCUUCACUAUGGUUGCCAUUCAUCUACAAGUGUGCCUGUUUUCUGCAAUGGUUAAAUCUGCACUGUUCCUAUUAUUAGUGGUGUAAUGGUGUUACAUUUGGCCAUCUGUCCUGACCGAUGACACAACUGGGAUGUUUACCAUUACAUUAACAAUUCAUUUUCAACAAAACUUGAUUUGCUGUUAAGCACAAUUUGUUCUGUCUUAUCUCAAUCAGAUGUUCUGAAAAUCAUUUCAUGUUAAAAACAUGUUUUUUAGAAGGGAUAUUAUUAUGUAACAAAUGUUUAUGUUUCUAUCGUAUUACAAAAUGUUUUACCAGUAAAUCAAUUGCAA